AUGUUAGUCAACUCUCUCAGGUUGAGCAGUUCGACGAGUACUUCAACUAUCACUGAACUAAAAUGUGAUAACGAGAGGCUUAAAACAACCAUUAGAGAUCUCACUACUAGGCUGAACGUUGUUGAACUACAUAUGAGAGAAUCAAAUAUUGAAAUAAAUGGUAUCCCGGAAAGUCGAUCUGAGAAUUUGGUCACUACCGUCAUUCAAUUAUCCAAAGUUAUUGAAAAUCCGCUCACUAACGAAGAUAUCCAACGUGCUAUAAGAGUUGCUAAAAUUAGUAAUGACAAUCCACGUCCUCGGCCAGUGAUUGUUAAGCUACGCAGUCCUCGUUCCCGUGAUAGCAUUUUGGCCGCGGUCAGUAAAUUUAAUCAUAAGGAUCCCGAGAAGAAGCUUUGUACAAAGCAUCUUGGAAUUGGAGGAACUGUAAGCCCUGUCUACGUUUCGGAACAUUUGACUCCGGCACUUAAAUCGCUCCACGCUGCAACUCGUAUAAAAGCCCGGGAAAUGUCUUAUAAAUUUGUAUGGGUUCGCAAUGGGCGAAUUUUUGCUCGGAAAACAGUGGAACAUCAAGCUAUAGCAAUUAAAAAUGUGGAUAGUCUUAAGCUUUUGGUAUAAGUUGUUAAUG